GGGCGGAGCCACGUCAGCAGCGGGCGGCCGGCGUGGGGCGGCAUGGGGACGGCGGCCCUGGGAGCCGAGCUGGGCGUGCGGGUCCUGCUCUUCGCGGCCUUCCUGGUGACCGAGCUGCUGCCUCCCUUCCAGCGCCGGAUCCAGCCCGAGGAGCUGUGGCUCUACCGGAACCCGUACACGGAGGCCGACUACUUCCCCACCGGCCCCAUGUUUGUCAUCGCCUUCCUCACGCCGCUGUCCCUCAUCUUCCUAGCCAGGUUUCUGAAGAAGGCGGACACCACCGACAGCAAGCAAGCCUGCCUCGCUGCCAGCCUUGCCCUAGCUCUGAAUGGUGUCGUUACCAACACAGUAAAGCUCAUAGUGGGCCGGCCCCGGCCAGAUUUCUUCUACCGCUGCUUCCCCGACGGACUGGCCCAUUCCGAUCUGACCUGCACAGGGGAGAAGGAUGUGGUGAACGAGGGCCGGAAGAGCUUCCCCAGUGGACACUCUUCCUUUGCGUUCGCUGGCCUGGCCUUCGCUUCCUUCUACCUGGCAGGAAAGUUACACUGCUUCACCCCACGGGGCCGAGGGGAGUCCUGGAGGCUCUGUGCCUUCCUAGCGCCCCUGCUCCUGGCGGCCGUGAUUGCGCUGUCCCGCACGUGUGACUACAAACACCACUGGCAAGACGUCCUAGUGGGGUCCAUGAUCGGAAUGGCGUUUGCUUACGUCUGCUACAGGCAGUACUACCCUCCUCUGACUGAUGGGGAAUGCCACAAACCACUUCAGGACAAGCACAAACUCCCCUCCUCCCAGAAGAAGCCCAGUGAGUCUCACCACUUGGAUAUUUAGCUGAACCUACUACCUCAGUGGAGAACAAGCGAGUCAGCCUCCUAACCGGACACCAUGCACAAGCCAAGAACUCUGGCUAUCAGCUCUCCCGAGGUGAAGGUGUGGACACCGCCACACUGUAGUCCCGCCUCCGGAGGACUGCGCACGCACUUUGCCCCACUUCCAAGGCUAGACCCUGAGCAAUCUCUGCCUGGGGCCUGUUCUGGAAAGUGGCUCUUUCGGGAGUGUUCUCUCUAGGUUAAGAAAGCUGGGCCAUACGAUUGGUGCAAAGAUUGGGUCUUUGCAUUUAUGUAAAUGUCCCUCAAGAGACCUUUUCACAACGGAGACUCUCAUGGCCUCAUUUUAUCCUCAAGACUUUAUGACCAAUCUUAAUCUCUAUCCCUUAUAAAGAAGGGUAGUGCCAGCUAAAGUUUAUGUUUACUUUUUGUGGCCACAUUCCAUUAAGCCUUAAAUAAUAAAACCACCAAUUUGGGCCAAUUUUUUACUUCAUCAGAAAAGAAAACUUACAGAUAUUAUCUGGAAGAUAAAUAUAACUUUCUGCCUUUUAUUCACAAAAAAUAUAUGGAACAAUUAUAGGCUAUCAUCAGAACGUGACACUUUGAGGACCAACUAAUAGCUACCUCUGUUAUACUUUAAAUAAAAUUUUGUCUUAUGUAUAUCUUCCUAUAACAUACUCUGUUUGUUUGUUUUUUGAGACGAUUUCUCUGUGUAGCCCUGGUUGUCUUGGAACUCUGUAGACCAGGCUGGCCUCCAACUCAGAGAUCCGCCUGCCUCUACCUCCUGAGUGCUGGGAUUAAAGGUGUGCAUGAACUCAGCUAUAACAUACUCUUAAGUAUAUUUUCAAUGUAUUCUCUUCCCCCCUCCCCCAGUAAAUCUGACAGUGAAAAAGUGUGUGCCUGAGUUUUUGUACUUUAAGAAGAUCAACACUGGAUCCUCAUGUUGAUACAGGAUGUGACUAAGUGUGGUAUCUGAUGUACAAGCUAAUAUUUAUAGGUCCUAAAGGACAGGCUCUGUGUUUUCUGUAUUUACAGACAUACUUAUCAUUGCCACACUUUAAAUUCUGAGCUGUAGCUCUCCAUGACAAUAAAAACAUUAAUCAAGGGAAAAUAACUUACAUAUUAGUUAUUUGCCUAAAAUUUUUGUUUUGAAUUUAGCAUAAAAGAGAAAAUAGCUACUAUAUUGGUUUUUCUUGAUGAUAAGGCCACAUGAAAGUAACUGGUCAAUAGUUUUAUUUCAGCAUUUACUAAAGUCUUAAAUAUAAUCACAUAUAAAACAAGCAUUUCAAAAGUGCAAAAUAUCAGCAAGGUGAUCAGUGCUAUUCAUCUUCCCUUGAAACAAUCUCUCACUGAGUCUGCAGCCAGGAAUCUGUACAGAUGCUGUUAGGCUCGAGUUUACACACCAGCCUUGCCUCGGUCAAGAGACUACAUGAUACGCAUGAUGCGGGUGAACAGCGUCCAGUGAACACAGGCUCCUCGCCACCUUCCUCACUUGCACAACACAGCAUAGUAACACCACAAGUGGAUGGCGAGGUUCGAGCUCUUUCUAAUGACUGUGUGCCGGACUGCCGGGAAGAAGCAUGUCAGAGUACAGCGCUUUAGCUAGCGCUCUGGGGCCAAGCUGCCCAUCUUUGGUUACAAGAACUCCUUCUUGGUUGUACUUUGGUUUACUCUGAAGUAGUAAUGAUUCUGCUAACAAGAGUAAACAAAUCUGAAGACAGCAACUUGACAAAAACCCUUUAGUAUUUAAUGAAUGCUAUUUCAUUCUCAGUAAUUCCUACUCAAGAGAGAGUGUAAAAAAAAAAAAAAAAA